UAUAAAUACUAACAUAUCCAGUAUGGAAUCAUAUUCAUCUAGUUUUGAUUUAAAUUCAAAGAAGAAGAUUUUUUUCGUUGUGAAAACACAAAAACGAAAAAUGCUAUCGACAAUAUUGGUUGGAUUUUUAUUCAGUCCAGCAUUAACAUAUGCCAUUGGUUUAUUGAUUACAUUGGCCAUUUUGAUUGUAGCAUGGAUCGAAUGGAAUGAAUAUUCAAUACGAAAAAAAUUAAUCAAACAAAAUAUUCGUUAUGUUCGUUUGCCAAGCUUAAAUAUGGCAUUAAUGCGUGGUAAACGUAUUGAUCUGAUUGAAAUGGAUUUAUCCAGAAAAUAUGGUAAAGUAUUCGGUGGAAAUAUGUUGAAUGAACCGGUUAUCUAUGUUACGGAUGCUGAAUUGGCACAAAUAAUUUUAACAAGAGAAUUUACAAAAUUCGCUAAUCGUCGAAAUUUCGAAAUCAAUGAUCCAGUAUGGGAUAAUUUUCUAUUUUCAGCCAACGAUGAAAGAUGGAAACGUUUACGUGCAAUAGUAUCACCAACAUUUAGUUCCGGUAAAUUACGUAAAGUAAAAUAUUGUAUUGAUGAAAAUUUUGAAAUUUUACGUAAAAAUUUGAAUGAAAAAAUCCAACAAAACGAUUCAUCGGCUAUAAACAUUAAAGAAAUUAUCGGUGCAUUUACAUUGGAUACAAUCAUACAAAUAUCGAUGGGAAUGAAAAUAAAUUCAUUAAAAGAAAAGGAUGCGCUGAUAUUAAAAUAUGCCCGGCAAUUAUUUAGUCGUGAUGUACCAUUAAACGAUACGAUUGUAUUUGCAUUAGCAUUUUGUUGGCCAAGUUUAUUGAAAAUUUUGGGUCUAAAAUUACAACCAGAAGCAAUAAAUUAUUUUCGUCAAUGUUCGUUGGAAAUCAUUAGGAAAAAUCGUGAAAGAAUUGAAAAAAUGACCACAAAUGAAUCAUUUCGUGCUACAAAUUUCAUUGAAUUAAUACUUGAAGUUGAACUUGAACAAAAACAAUUUGAACAAAAACAAUUUGAACAACAACAACAACAGAAUGGAAAUGCAGUGAAACCAUUUAAACAUGUCACAAAUGAUGAACUGAUUGCACAAUGUAUAUUAUUUUUUACUGUUGGUUAUGAUACAACUGCAACAACAAUAACACAUACUUGUUAUACAAUGGCAACAAAUCCAGAAAAACAGGAAAAACUUUAUCAAUCAAUAAUGGAAACAUUGAAAAAAUUAGCCAAAGAAAAUGAUGAUAAUGAUCCAUAUAAAUUGGUUACAUUCGAUACAUUGAAUCAAUUUGAUUAUCUGGAUGCAUGUUUAAAUGAAACAAUGCGUUUAUUAACAUUAGCAACAACAACCGAAAGAGUUGCAACCGAUAAUAUUCAUAUUGAAACAAGUGAUAAAAAAAUAUCGUUCGAUGUUCGGAAAGGUGAUAUUAUACGUAUACCAUUCAUAUAUCUGCAUAAUGAUGAAAGAAAUUUCUCUGAACCUGAAAAAUUCAUUCCGGAACGUUUUUUAUCCAACGGGCAACAACAACAACAAACGAAUGGAAAUUUCAAUAAAAAUGCAUUCAUGCCAUUCGGUAGUGGACCAAGAAAAUGUGUUGCAUCAAAUUUAGCAUUAAUGGAAGCAAAAGUUGCUUUAAUACAUUUGUUUCGAUUAUAUCGUUUAAGUGUUAAUCCAAAAUUAACAAAAAUCCCGUUAGAAUUUUAUAUUAAUAAUGGUGUUUUGGUUAGUAAAGAUGUUACAUUAUCCGUUGAAAAACGAUAAUCGCCAUUUUUAAACUUUUUUUAAAACU